AUAAUAAACACCACCUUUUGAUGUUUUCAGACAGAAUGAGUACAUGUUGUUAGACUGCGGUGAGGGCACACUCCAUCAGAUGAUAACUAUGUUCGGUAGGGAAAGAACCAAUCUGAUUCUUGCGCAAACCAAAGCUAUCUUUGUGUCACAUCUUCACUUCGACCACCAUGGGGUAUUGUUCUCCAUUUUGAGAGCAAUUCGUGAAACUCGUGCACAAGAUUCAGGAGUUAGACAGAGACCCUUGCUGCUGGCUCCCUACUUCCUCAUCAACUGGAUACGACUCUAUUCCAAGCAUGUCCUCAACAUUUCACAAGACUUUGAGUUCAUCCCCCACAGCGUUUUACUCAAUGCAAACCACACUGCACGGGAAGGCUUGUUACAACAAGUCAAGACAAGGCUUUGCUUGACUGAUCUACAGCUAUGCCAGGUAUUGCACACAAAGUCAUCUGCGGGACUUGUUAUGCAACACAAUGAUGGCUGGAAGUUGGUUUACUCCGGAGAUACCAUGCCAUGUGAGGCUCUGGUGAAGGCAGGCAGGAAUUGUGAUAUAUUGAUCCAUGAAGCCACAUUUAACAAUGUUGAAAUUGACCAUGCUUUGAAAAAGCAUCAUUGGUAUGUAUCCUUGCAAGCAGCUGGUUAG